UGCGAGCGCGCCUGUGUGCGCGCGCGCGUGCUGCUCAGGAUUACAUCCACGAACCGUCCUCGUCUCGGAUGCGUGCGGAGAACACGCACACCCCAUAAGCAAUGAACGCCGUGACCGCCGCCACCUGCCUGCUCGUCGCCGGCUUCGGCUGCUAUCUGUACGGCAGCGAUGUCUUCUUAUCGCUGCUCCGUGUCUCUCUUGCAGACCCCUCCAUGCCCGAGCCCGGAGCUGCUGCGCGGCGCAGCCCGCAGGGAGUACCCUACGCCGACCUGCAGCACAUCGUCAACGCCGACGGACUGCACCUGUUCUGCCGCUACUGGGAGCCCGCCGCCCCGCCAAGGGCUCUGGUGUUCAUCGUCCACGGGGCCGGGGAGCACUGUGGGCCGUAUGACGAGAUCGCACAGAAGCUGAAGGGACUUUCCCUGCUGGUGUUCGCGCACGACCACGUUGGCCAUGGUCAGAGUGAAGGAGACCGGAUGAACGUCAAGGACUUCCAGUUUUACAUCAGAGACUCCCUGCAGCACGUUGACCUGAUGAAGUCCCGCCACCCAGACCUGCCCGUCUUCAUCGUGGGCCACUCCAUGGGUGGUGCGAUCUCCAUCCUGACGGCCUGUGAGAGGCCCGGUGACUUUGCCGGAGUGGUUCUGAUAGCUCCGAUGGUCCAGAUGAACCCAGACUCGGCAACGCCGUUCAAGGUUUUUCUGGCGAAGGUCCUUAACCACAUGGUGCCGAGCAUCACUCUUGGCACCAUGGAAUCCAAAUGGAUCUCACGGGACCAGAAGCAGGUGGAGGCGUAUGACACUGAUGAGCUGAACAACCACGGUGGCGUGCGAGUGUCGUUCGCCAUGCAGCUGAUGGGGGCGACGGCGCGUAUCGAGAGGGAGAUCCCGACCAUCAGCUGGCCCUUCCUGCUCCUGCACGGCGACGAUGACAAGCUCUGCGACAUCAGAGGCUCCAAGAUGAUGUACGAGAAGACUCCUGGGGCAGACAAGAAGUUGAAGGUCUUCGAGGGAGGCUACCACGCCCUGCACCACGACCUCCCAGAGGUUGCCGAGUCCGUGCUGAAGGAUGUGACCAGCUGGAUCGCAGACCGCCUCCCCGCGGCGACAUCGCCCGAGACGCAAGGCUCCUAGACUCGUGACUUUGACACACCGGUCAGCGCUCCAAGGGAACUGACAACCCGUCCCAAGAGGCCGGAUCACUUUCCAGUCAGGCAAAACGAUACUACUACGACACUCUCUGGUCAAUACGUUUGGGCACAUUUAGUUUAUUUUCUCUGUAUAGAAAGCGUACUGACUUCAUCCUCUGGCCACAAACUGAACAAAACUAAAUAUACCAACCUCAAACUAAGUUACUCUGAUUUAAAUUGGAUGAUGGGGUCAGAAACCACUUCUUAUUGGAGGUCAGUUUCCCUGCAAAGCAUUUGAUCAGGGAUGUGUCUCUAUGUAUUUCAGACAGCGUGCUUAUUUGGCAACGUUGUGAUCAUCUCCACUGGACCUCACCGGGGUGCAGCUCAAGUUAAUUACAGUUUAAGCCACAGUGUGCUGGGGUUCAAAGUGCAAUAAUGAAGUUCCCUCCACAUUCAUGCACACAAGAGAGAUCUUCUUAGGAAGUAAUGACAAACCUGAUGUAGUACAUUAGUAAUCUGCACAAGCACAUUUCCUCUUUGCUCAUCCACCGUGAUGAGACGGGUCAGAGGUCAGCAUCAGCAGGAGGUCAGCACCUCUGGAGCUGCAGGGUGUUAGGGCUCAAGAGCUCGGCCCUCACUUCGCUCAACUGUCUUCACAGUGUCUGCAGUGCAUGAGUUACACACAACAUCAGUGGUUACAAUACAGAUUUGAGUGAGAUGGUUUUGUUAGCAUUUUUUGACACUCAUUGAGUAACUUGUAUGUAACAAAUCCUCUGACUCAGUUCUUACAGUGAGCCUUAAUAGUGUACGGACAUGACGAGGAUGUAGAUGAACAAGGGAAAGCUGCUCUCUCUCUCUCUCUUUAUCGCUCUCUCUAUCUCUCUCUCUCUCUGCAAAUUGGAAUUAGAGGGAGAGUGCAACAUUCAAAAGCCCCCCUCCUCUCUGUGACCUUUGACCUUUAAGGUCACAGUUGAUUUCACUUUUAGGUUCAUUCUCUGCAGCUUUAACUUCAUUAAGCUCAGACUGCAGACAAGGAGCCAGCUGGAAAACAAAGGGGACCCAUUGCUCUGUGACGGUGGACAAAAGACGAGAUCUCUUCUGUUCAACAGCAUCUGUCAUUUGAUAGACACUUUUAACAAAAUCACCUUUAAGUAACAUGGAUGUAUGCAUUUUCAGAACAAUGCAGUAGUCAUAAUUGUUUGGGGUGGGGAUAGGAUGUUCUUUAGAAUAGAUACCAGACGACGAGGGACAGAAAGUGACAUGACUGAGAAUUUGGUCGGACCCCCGGAUGCUUAGACUGUAGUAGAUAGACCUUUCUUUAGUGGAGAUAGUUCUGUCUCUGGCGAGAUGGCUAACAAUUAAGGUUCUGGAUUCAAAAACCCUAUUGAAAAUUGCACCAGAGCAAUCUAGAAUCUAGUCUCCAUACAUGUAUGUUUUCACAUACUUAUCCAAUUUAAAUGAUUUAGCAGCUUUGAGGUCAUUUACUCUCUUUACAAUAAAAAUCCAUACAUACGAUGGGUACUUUAUAGACUGAUUUUAGUAUUUGUGAACGAAAAGGCUUUGAAGCAGCUUGUAUACCCCAAUGUUGAACACAACACAUUGAUUUGAUAAUCAAAAUAAUUAAAGACUUUAUGCCUGAUAGCUCGCAACAGGAAUAGUGUGUUGUAGGUUUCCUUUAAAUCCCAGCUACAGUGUGAGUGGCUAAAGCAGUGGUCAAGCUAAUAUUUAAGUAUAAACCUGUCACUUCUCAACAAGUUGCAGUACUUAAAGUACUUCAAGUCAGCCCUGGCUUCAAUAGUUUUUCUUACGAGACCAAAGCAAUAAUGUCACAGUAGUCUAUCAUUUCGGUAGCCGUUAAUUAUAAGAUAGACAGACACUGAGCUCGCCAUUUUAUAUUGUCAGGUAAACUGUAAUCAGCAGGCAUUGCUACGCUUGCAAAGAUCUUUCCACCUAUUCAUCAAGCACGAGAAAGUCAUACGUUUUAACGGUGCACAUGUUUGUCCACCCCCAACAUCAAACACUCUGUUCAGACACACAACAAGUAUCCGUGUUUGUUGACUUCAGACGUCAUGCGUGUCCGAUUGAAAAAAGCAUCUGGUGGGCAGUUCUUGGAAAGAGACUCGACUGUGUCACACUGGCUUUUCAGGAGGUUUCUUUUCUGUAUCACACAGAGUUCAAAGGGACUCAUGGGGAGAGAGAGAGAGAGAGAGUGUAGGAGGGACAUGGCGUGGUAUCCACGGCGACCAUUACUCACAUGUUACCACGGCAGCAGGCCGUUGGUACGGUAGAAUCUUUCGUUCUUCCAUUUUACAUGUGUAGUAACCACGGUGAUCUCUACAAGUCAGAUAGAAUGAGAUGCAUUUUUGGCUUCAAGCCUGCUCUGUCUUUUUCUUUUUCUUUUUACGAUUGUCUCACUCUGUCUCUCCCUUUCUCACUUCCUAUCUCACUCUGUGGCACCCAGUUUUUUUUUUUUAAGUUGCUGUGGUGACCAGCGCUCUUUGUUCUGUCCAUAACAGAGUCCCUUGUUCUACGGCUUCUUCAAACAUGUCGGUUGCGCUGGUCAGCCACCCACACUGUCCCUAGUGGUCAAUCGUUCAACAGGGAACACAUUACUUAACCUUCCCCUGACCCUGCUGGCCUUAAUGCGGCAUCAAACUCGCUAAAUGACUUCAGGAAUGAAAAAAAUAAUUACGUUUCUGAGUCUGCAUGCCAUGUUGACACUUUCCAGCUCUGAUGUGCUCUGCUAUUUAAUUUGUGUUAUUGUAUUGUCUUUAAUAAGGGCUGCACAGUGCCGUAGGGUAGGGUAGCACUGUCACCUCACAGAACCCAAGCUGGAACGCCCUUCUGUGUGGAGUUUGCAUGUGUCGGCCCGUGUCUGCGUGGGGUUUUCUCCGGGUUCUCCGGCUUCCUCCCUCCGUCCAAAGAGAGUGUAGGGAGCGGUCCAGGGUGAACCCUACCUUCACCCAAGGACAGCUGAAUAUCACAACUUGAAUAGGACCAGCGGUUUCGGACGGAUGUCUCUGAUAUUUGCAAACUGAUGUUGGUGUUGAAACUCGCAUUGCAUUGGAAAACGAGAGAUUAAGCAAUUGAGAUCUGCACGAAAACUGAGCACAUGGCAGAUUCAUAUUGUGUUUGACAGAUUGGGUAAAAUGCAUCGAAUAAGAAAUAUAUUAGAAGGAAAAGCAAACAUAUUCCAACAAGGGGGAUUUCAGAAUGUAAGUGCAUCAGACUAAAUAUCAGGUUACAUUACCUCGGGUGCAGACAUAGAUGUAAUGUCUUUGCCGGUCUCAGUGGGAGUCAGACCCCUACCCUCAACCUCGUAUCACAUCACUUCAAACACAAUGUGCUCCUGAUUGAGCUGCAGCCGGCACAGCACACGCAAAGGCUGCACGGUCCCGUUGUAUUCACACUGGUAAUAAAUAGCACCCCGGCUGCACAAUGGAUGCAGACGCGUCC